AGACCAUGCGCAGUGAAAGUUUAGAAAUCAACAUACAAAUUUUGUGUGAAUUAGUCCUAUACUAUACUCGAUUAGAGCUAAGAGUAGACCAAAUUAAAUGAAAUUUUAAUAAUUACAAUUUAAAUCAUGUAGUAACGGUAAAUUCGCAUAGUGGAUUAUCUCGCUGGGGAAUAACAUAAUUUCGAUUGUUUAAAAUACAGAAAUAAUUAACAGUAAAUGAGCAAAAUGGCCGCAGCCGCCCCACUGUCUGACUCGGCCUCCCAUGUCUCAGAGGCUUUUAGUGGCCAAGAUUUCGACCAAGACGGUGAAGACAAUGACGAAAACAGAACAGAGGCUAACUCUCUGGGUUAUUCAUUACGGGACAAGGACAGAAAGAUAGGACAUCGGAGAGUGGAUAAAUCUGGCAUUGUAUCAUAUAAAAAGAAACCCACUUCAGAGUUGAUGGCCGCCAUCCAGUUGGGCAUUGGUCAAAGUGUCGGUGGCUUAUCAUCCAAACCAGAGAGGGAUGUCCUGAUGCAAGACUUUGGUGUGGUGGAGGUCGUCUUUUUUCCUGGUGAAGGAAGCAACCUGACCCCAGCACAUCACUACAGUGACUUUCGAUUCAAAACCUACGCCCCAGUUGCCUUUCGCUAUUUUCGUGAUUUGUUUGGUAUUCAGCCUGAUGACUUCAUGUUAUCUCUCUGUGACGAACCUUUAAAAGAACUCUCCAACCCUGGUGCCAGCGGCAGUAUAUUUUACUUGACCCAGGAUGACGAGUUCAUUAUUAAAACAGUCCAGCACAAAGAGGCUGAGUUUCUACAGAAACUUUUGCCAGGAUAUUUUUUGAAUAUCAGUCAAAACAAAAGAACUUUACUGCCUAAGUUUUAUGGUCUUUAUUGUUACCAGUGUUCAGGUAAAAAUAUUCGUUUCACUGUGAUGAACAACUUGCUUCCAUCCACGGUCAAGCUCCAUGAGAAGUAUGACAUGAAAGGGAGCACGUACAAGAGGAAAGCCUCCAAGCAUGAACGGUCUAAAAGUUCCCCAACACUCAAGGACCUGGACUUCAUGGACAACCACCCGGAAGGUCUACAGCUUGAGAAAGACACAUAUGACGCAUUGAUCAAGACAUUACAGAGGGACUGUAGGGUUUUAGAAAGUUUUAAGAUCAUGGACUAUAGUUUACUUGUAGGAAUAUACAAUCUAGACUUGGCUAACAAAGAGAAGAAACAAAUCCAGGAAUUCCAGUCCCAACAAUACUGCAACACUUUCAUCACUCGACAUUUCUGGAACAGGCAGUCUCAGUCGACAGUGCAACAGCAGCAAAUACAGUUACAACAAGACAAGGAACAGUCUGAGAAUUAUGGGUCAUCACAGUCCAGGUCUGACAGGACAGACACCCGCAACUCACUACACAGAGGAAAAUCUUUCAAAACAAGAAUCGGCCAGUAUUCAACGCCUAUGGAGUCCAUCCAGGGCGUGACUGAUUUGAAUGAGGAGAUAGAUGAGGACACUGAUGUGCCGUCAGAUAUACAAACACCCCAUUGGCUGAGCAAUUCUCAUGUUUCAGAUUGUCCUGGUGGCAUUCCAGCUCGUAACGCCAAGGGGGAGCGGCUCUUGAUCUACCUUGGGAUCAUUGACAUUCUUCAGUCUUUCCGUUUAAAGAAGAGGCUGGAGCACACCAUGAAAUCUAUAGUCAUUGAUGGGGAUACCAUAUCUGUACACAGACCCAGCUACUAUGCCCAGAGGUUCUUACAAUAUCAUGCUACCCGAGUGUUCAAAAAGACCCCCACAGCUCUCAAACAUUCGCCAUCCAAGAAGAGAUCAUUGGUCAACAAAUCCAAAGGGCAACAGACAUUCCCUGACCAACCAGAAGGUGGUGUGGUGCCCGUCAAAGUGGAGCGGUCCGGCAGGACUAUAAGCUUCUCGGACGAGCAAGCCUCCUCGGGUACUGGUGCUGUUGGAGGCAAACCUGAUCUACUACCAGACAACUCUCACAUCCCAUCAGGUCAGGCUAACCGCUCGCCCUCUCCGAGAAUACAAGGCAAUAACAUCAACGGGAAUUCCAGACAGAAAAAAACCUGGAUACGGUCUGAGGCGUUCAAUUUGACGACUUAUCCUAGUGAAGAUGCUCUCUCUGCAGGCACAGCCUCCACUGCUUCCCUAAGAGGGCUUGGCAGCGGCUAUGGCCAGAGGGGGCCCUCCCCACCGCUAAGUCUGUCUGAGUCGACCCCGACCCACACAGAUUUCACAGAAGGCACGCCCAGUUUCACCAACUCUAGCCCCAGCUGUUGCAGUGAUGUUAUGGACAUGGGAAGCACUAAUCCACUUGAUUCUGUUGGGUUGGACUCUCCUGCUCGCAGUCCUGAUAUGAGGGGGCUAGGUAAACGGCCAGUGCGAGGCGGUGCCAUCUCACCAUCACGCUCUCCGCUUCUUGGCUACACAGAGGCUGUUGUGGUGACAAGCAUACAGGAUCCACAGUCUAGUCAUACUGUGUCCUCUCAAGAGGUCAAAUUUCAAUAUUCACAAACCAGCACUUCUCUGACGUCAGGAGGUGAUGCCAGCGACUCUACAGGCACUACAUCAUCAGCCUCAACAGUUACUGCUUUGACUGUGACAGAAUAUUCUGCGGAAGUUUCAGAGACGAAACCCAGGAAAAACCUGAAAAACUUGCAGAUUGUUAGAAAACCAUUUAGAGUGACACAUUUAUGAGAGGAAGCAGCCUAACUGAAGAUUCUGAGCUGUGAUAGAAGAAGGGAAAAGGGAGAGAAUCCAAACAGAAACAGUGAAGGGGAGAUGACUGAAAACAUUUGAACCCAGGUUGCCAGAUGGAGGCCCAGUGACCCAGUCUACACUUUGUCUUCCCAUCAUUCCACACUAAACAUUUGUUGUUGUUUUUUUUUCUGGAAAUUUUUUAAAGUUUUUUUUUUUAACUACUUAGUGAAAAAAAAAAAGAAAAAAAUUGUUCAGAAUCCUCUGACAUUGACAAGAUUGUAUGGACAAUGUUUGCUGCGAGUUCUCCUGUACAUGUUUCCAAAUCUGAGGUCUUUGAACGUUCGAAGGUUCUGAUCGGAAAAAGAAUGGGGGGGGGGGAAGGGGAUUGAUAUAUUCUUUUGUUCAUCCUAUCAUUAUAAUUAUGUCUUGUGGACAUGAAGCUAUUUAUGUAGGAUAUCCAAGCUGGUUGACCUUGACCUAUGGAACAAGGUCACUAAACCAGCACCAGUGCAGGUCCCGUAUUCCAUCCUCUAGGUCAAUAUAUACAAAUAUAUAUAUAUAUAUAUAUAUCAACAUAAACACCAAUAAACUGAAGUGGUUUCUACAUCAGUUUUUUUUUUUUUUAAAUGGUUAUACUUUUAUUUAUAUAAUAUAUUUUUGGUAUUAUUAUAAUUAUCUUGCAUUUAUUACUAUUGAUUUUUUUAAAUUCUUGUUCUGUUUUUGUUUUGUUGUUUUGUUUUUUCUGUUCUUUCUUUUGUUUUUCUAUGUACAGCUCAAGAAAUAAAAGAAACAAAAAAAAGGUAAUAAACAUUAUUCUAAACAUUUGUCUCUGUAAUAAACUCUCAUAUUGUUAGUGAAUCAUUGUUUUAUAUAUUCAAACAAUUCACAUGCAUUCAUCAUCAGCCUCUGCCUUCUGGUGGUUUAUAUGAGCCAUUGAUCUUAAGGUUAUUUAUCCACUCAAGCAAGUUGUAUGUCAGUGAAGGGAAUAUUCUUGUCUUAGAUGCUGUAUUUUGCCGUGCACAGAAGCUCUUUUUAAAAUUAUAUUGCUAUUAUAUUAAAGAUCCACAACUAAGCUCUAUGAUUCUCUGGCAUGGACAUUAUAAUAUGGCUGGAGUAGUCUCUGUAAGAACGAUUUUAAUUAGAUGUAAGAAUUUUAAGUCCUUAUAUUUAUUUAUUUAUGUUAGUAGAAAAUAAAGUUCCCCUUUCAGACCUUGUGAUCUAUAGGUUAGAUGAUGUUAACGCCAUCUGUUUCUGUUGCUCAUGGUUAAUGAGGGUGUCAUGUGGCCAGCACAAAGACCAACCACCUUUACUUUUUCUCAUCUAAUGUCAAGCCCCCAUUAUAGCUGGGUUAGGUGGACCAGAGUUUUACUGGGCCUUCAAUAUACAAGUUACAUUUUACUUGGUCAUUUAGGGCUGGGUUUUUUUAUUUGCUGGUAUGAAUUUUUUAAUCGAAAAAACAUUGUUAUUACUUUAUGAAGGCUAUUUUUGUAAGUGCAUAUGUGCUGUAACAAGGAAUGAUGAUGUGUUUUGGCAAGCUGCAGUUUUUUAAUAUGUUGAUGAUGAAUAUGUGCAUUUGCUACUGAGUGAGAUAGUUUAUCAGGCAUUAAAUGCUGAAAGCUGCUGAACUAAAAUGUUUUGCAGAUUACAAUUAGUAUUGGAACUGUGAUUGGGACUUAGCUUAUGCUCUCACCAUAAUCUGUGUAUGGAGCCCUACUGUUAAAAAUGGUUGUUUAGGUCAGUGGUGCCUUGCAAAGUGAAGUUAAUUAAAGUGUUUCUAUCUGGUCAAAAGUAUUUGGUCAUUACAUGCACCUCCUCGAUUCCACCCAGUUUUAGUGGGUGACUGGCAUUAUAUAUAACAGUGCUCAUGGAGACUGAUUUUUUUCGGUGAUAUAGUUCCAGUGGAUUCCUUCAUCUUUGUCGGUAUUUACUUAUAGAAGUCAGGUAGUAGCCAAAGUUUAGAUAUAUGAGCAUGAUUGUUUGUGUUUAUAUUAGAUCUAUAUCAUUAAUUAAAAAAAAAAAAUCAAGAAGCCUAGCUCCAACUUGUAAGACAAUUAAGUUUAAUUUUUUCAAGUUCAUGUAUAGUAACUCUUGUUUUGAACAAAGGGAAUAUCAAUUUGAUCUGGUUAAAAGGUCAUUAAAUUGAUUAAUUAAAGAUUGUGAUCAAAUAAAUGUUCCUUAAGUUUCUGUUUAUAAAUUGUGCUUUUUUUUUUAGUUGUCCAAAUUAAUUACUCCAAAUUAAUUAUUUUUGCAUUUCUUUUGUAAACAAUGAAUUAUUAUUUUUUAAAUUAUGAUUCUGAAAAACAAGACAUUCUAUGUUGACAAUGUUAACUUAGAAUCGCAAAAUAAAUGGCUUUAUUAUCCUAAUAUCUAAAAAAAAAAUAAAAGCUUUUCUUUGAGUCCAAAUAUUAUGGAAGAGUGAAUUAUUUGCUGAAAAUAGGUGCAGAGUAUGAAAUGAAGUCUUAAUUAGACAUAUGGCAGACAAAAGCUUUGUCUGUAUUAGAUAUGGCAAUAAUAUGCAGGCUGCAACUGAGUUUGUUUGGUCAUGUAAAAUACUGCACUCAUCUUUAAUCUUCAGAAUGAAUAAAUUUCCUUAUUAUUCUUUUAAUUCCUGUCAUUCUUCAUUGACAAACAUUCUGUAUAUCUCAAACCUUAAAGUAUUAUAAUGAGAGUUUCUAGAGAGUGUGUUUUAUCAAUCUGGGUAACAGACAUAUAAUCAAUGGUUUUCUUUGAUUAAAGAGUAUUUCACAUGGCUUUGCAAUUCUAGCUGUGGUCCACAUAUUUGUCACAUCCAAUAGAGACAAAACUUGCCUGCCAAUGGUUGACUAAGUUCCUCUUUUCACCAUCUAUGCCUGUCUUCAGCAGUUUUGGGCUUAAUAACAGCUUUUGGGCAUAAGUUUGCCAUUAGUACUAGUUUUGUAGAACUGAGGUUUAGGGAAUGUAAGAAAUGUCCCAAGCAAUGAAAAAUUUUCUAAAGUUAGAUUACUUCCAUACAAAUGAUGCAUUGGCUAGACUAUCCACUAAUCACUACAAGAUGGCAGCCUGAAAGAUGAUAGAAUGGCUUAUUAAAGCUGAUUUAAGACCUUGAUUUCUUUGCUUUCACAAACUAUAGUCAUCAUCCUGUGUCCUGUAUACUCUUGAAACAAAGACCCCUCAUAAAAUAAACAUAAGGAGACAAAGUGUAGUGGAUUCAGUUUGAAAGAUUGUAAAAAUAACGUUAUGUUCCCUUGUCUAAACCAGUUGGAAAGAUUCAUUGUUUGAACUGAGCAUAUUAGUAAAAAGGAUUGUAAGUCUUCAUGACGUGUGUAUUAUAGAACAAAUGAAUCAUGUUUCUUGGAUUUCUAUGAUAGUUUUGACUCUGACAUAAUGGGUCAGACUUAAGCUUUUGUAUAAAUCUUUUUUCUUUUUAUAAAUAUCAACAUGUGUGUUUUGCUUUAAAUGUUUCAUUUCUUUUAGAACUGAUACAUUUUUUUAUUUUUUUUUUUACCAGAGAUGAACGUGUUUCAACAUUCUAAAAAAAAAGGCAUUUUGUGUACUUUGAUGUCAUUUAUCAUCUAUGCUUUGUUAAACUUCAAACAUGCCAUUACUGUGAUGGGAUGAUUGCAGUUUUGAGAUCCAAUGUUGUCUUCUGUCUGGCUUGUUGGGAAUGCUGUACAUUCUCAUGAUGACUAAACAUCAAAUUUUUCAUUAUCCAUACAUGCCAGUGCUGUUGUGUCUACUGUAUUAGAUAUUUAGGUGCUACUCAGAGAUUUGUUAUAUUAACUACUAGGCAUGUUGAUUGUUGACCAGGUGUUUUACAUCUUGUACAGUUCUCUUCAAUGUUUUGUUGUACAUAGCAUGAGACGUAUUUGUAGUCUUGGUGUGAUGUUUAGACAGCGGCUUGUAUGCAACAAUCAAAUGUACUGUCUGAUACAUGUUAUUUUAGUAAAUCUUUGAAGGUUUGUCUUGUUUCCUUUCAUGUGGUAUACUAGUUUUUGUUUAUUCCUUGGUAUGCAAUAGGAUUAACUUUAUUGUUUAUUCUCAACCCAGCUUCAACACUAUUCACAUAUCAGUGAUGAAACCAGUCCCAUUAUCUUAUAAAUUUGGUCUGUGCAAGUUAAAAUGUUUCAAUUUUUUUUUUUUUAAGUUCUGGAACUAAAAUAAUCAACUAGUAAAUUUGUAGGAAAUAAUUGUGUUUUUUUUAAUUGAGAAAAACAAAUUUGGUUGAAGAUGUUGUAAAUGUGACAUUUGUUUCUGCUAUGAAGUCAUUUGAUUUGCACAUUCUACUAAUUGACAAGCAUUGUAACUGCACUGUUCUCAAAUAAUAGAUUAAGAAGUAUUGUUAAGAAAAGUGUGAAUGUAACAAAUAUUUAGGUCCAUAUGUAGAGACAAGUUUGAAAGUGUGAAUGACCAAUGGAAAUAGCUGACCCUGGUCUAUGUUAAUUGGAUAUUCAGCAUUUGAUUGCGCCAUGUGCCCAUUUCUUUUGAUUUUCUCGUCAGUAAUUUAUUAAAUUUGUUUUCAUUCA